CGGGAGCAAAAGGACACCAUUUUUUGGGAUUUAGGGUUUAUUGUGCUUCUGACUUGUAGGGGUCUUAGCGUUGGCAAACUAGCUAAAAAUGAAAGCUUUACUCCCUUCUUCUUCGCAGAUUCCUCCAUGGCUAAUCCUCUAUUGCAGACGCCAUUUAUGCAUUUCUUCAACCUCAUCUUCACUAAUUCAACAACCAAAAACUCCUCAUCCUCAACCUCCACCUCCACCUCCACCUGCAGACUCAACAACCAAUUCUCUUGAUACUGACCAUUCUCGUGGCAGACCCAAUUCGGAAGAUGGUAAGUUCACCAAGAAUCAUGUCGUUGAUGUUCUUCUCAGUCACAGAGAUGACCCUGAUUCAGCUUAUAGGCACUUCCAAACUGCUAGACUCCAAAGGGGUUUUCUACAUUCUAAAUCUGACCCUUUCUUUGUUCUGCUUCACAUAUUAGUGAAUUCUGCAAUGCAUCAGCAUAAAGCUCGACGUUUGCUUGAUUAUUACGCUUCUAGUGACUCCGGUCCGUCUGCUACCAUUAUUUUUAAUGGUCUAGUGAAGUGUGGUAAGACUUUUGAUUUUGAGUUAAAUCCUAAGAUUUUCAAUUUCUUGAUAAGUAGUUGUGUGAAAGCUAAUCGAUUGAAUGAUGCUAUUGAUUGUUUCAAUGGGAUGUUGGAACAUGAUAUAAUGUUGUGGAUACCAAUUAUGAACACUCUUUUAAAGAAAUUGGUGAGGCAGGACAUGGUUGGAGUAGCAGGAGAUUUGUAUACUGAUAUAGUGUCGAGAGGAACUCAUUAUGAUUGUCGGACUGUUCAUAUUUUGAUGUCAGCUUGUCUCAGAGAAGGGAAAAUGAAGGAGGCUGUGAAGCUUUUAGAGGAGGCUAAGAUGAGUGGGAUUAAGUUUGAUGCAGGAUUGUAUAGCUGUUGGGUUUAUGUUGCUUGUAAGGAGCAGAAUCUAAAUUUAGCAUUGAAGUUGUUGGAGGAGAUGAAAUGCGGGGGUUGGGUUCCUUCUGAGAGAACAUAUACAAACAUAAUUUCAGCUUGUGUGAAACAAGGGAAUAUGGUCAAGGCAUUGAGGCUCAAGGAUGAAAUGCUUAGUAAUGGCCAUCUGAUGAACUUGGUGGUUGCAACAAGUUUGAUGAAAGGGUAUCAUCUGCAGGGGAACUUAUCAAGUGCUUUGGAUUUGUUUGACAAAUUGGUCGAGUAUGGACUCACUCCGAACAAGGUGACAUAUGCAGUUUUAAUAGAAGGUUGCUGUAAAAAUGGGAAUGUUGAAAAAGCAGCACUAGUUUACAGGCAAAUGAAACUUGCAGGUAUUAAGUCUAAUGCUUAUGUUGAAAAUUUGUUGAUAAAGGGAUUUUUGAGUGUUAACUUGUUAGAUGAAGCAAUGAAUGUGUUUGAUGGGGCAAUAAAUUCAGGGACGGCCAAUGUUUUCGUUUACAAUAGUAUAAUAGCAUGGUCGUGUAAGAAGGGUCAAAUGGAUAAAGCUCAAAACACAUGGGAUAAGAUGGUUGCUAAUGGAAUUUUACCUACUAUAACUUCAUACAACAAUAUUAUUCUCGGAAAUUGCAGAAAUGGGAAUAUGGACAAAGCAUUGGAUUUGUUCUCUCAGUUGCCAGAAAGACAUUUGAACGCUAAUGUUGUAACAUAUAGCAUUUUGAUUGACGGGUAUUUUAGAAAAGGUGACGCUGAUAAAGCUGAGAACAUGUUUGAUCAAAUGGUCUCUUCAGGAAUUUCCCCUACUGACUACACAUUCAAUACUGUAAUCAGUGGUAUGUCUAAGGUUGGCAAAACAUCAGAGGCAAAAGAUUUACUUAAAAAGAUUGUGGAAGGAGGAAACCUGAUUCCAACAUGCAUGUCUUACAAUAGUCUAAUCGAUGGAUUUUUGAAGGAGGGUGAUGUCAGCUCAGCUUUGGCUGUUUAUAGAGAGAUGUGCAAUAGUGGUAUUUCCCCAGAUGUUGUCACUUACACAACUUUGAUUGAUGGAUUAUGCAAAAGCAAUAACAUUAAUCUAGCUCUAAAACUGCUAAAGGAGAUGAGAAAUAAAGAAAUUAAGUUAGAUGUCAUUGCAUAUGCUGUUCUUAUAGAUGGGUUUUGCAAAAGAAGAGACAUGAAAAGUGCUUCUGAACUUUUUGAUGAAAUCCUUCAAGUUGGUAUCACUCCUAACCUAUUUGUUUAUAAUAGCAUGAUGAGUGGGUUUAGAAAUGUAAAUAAUAUGGAAGCAGCACUAGUCUUGCGUGAUAAGAUGAUCAAUGAAGGUGUUCCAUGUGAUCUGGAAACAUACACCACAUUGAUUGAUGGGCUUUUGAAGGAUGGAAAAAUAGAUCUGGCGUCUGAUUUGUUUACUGAGAUGCUUGGAAAGGGUAUAAUGCCUGAUGACAUCACAUAUACUGUUCUUGUACAUGGUCUUUCCAAUAAAGGUCAGGUUGAGAAUGCACACAAGGUCUUAGAGGAGAUGUGUAAAAAGAGUAUGACUCCUAGUGUUCUGAUUUAUAAUACACUAAUUGCUGGAUACUUCAAGGAGGGAAAUUUGCAAGAGGCAUUUAGGUUGCAUGAUGAGAUGCUUGACAAAGGUCUUAAGCCUGAUGAUGCGACCUAUGAUAUUCUUAUAAGUGGAAAGUUGAAAGAUAAUAGUUUGGGUCGUGGUAGUUCAAUGCCACAAUGAACCGGAUACCCUCUAGCAAUUUGUUGACGAGAUACAUUGGCUGUCACUGCUGUCUGCAAGGCAAGGGUGAACUUGGUAACUAGUUGUUGCAGUGAAUUAAGUUAGAUGCCAAUGAGAUUUGGCUUCACUAUGACCAUUCAUUUCUAUGUCUCUUAGGUCGACAACUUUAAUGCUUGGGGUCCAAUGAAGUGCUUUCUCUUCGUCAUCUCGAGUCCCUUGAAGGUAUCUGAAGAGUCUCAAAGAGGCAGCGUUACCUGAUUUCACUUCGUCUGUGAAGGCUACACGGGAAAACUAAACAAGUACUACACUGAAACAUUUACUUGGAUCUCUUGAAAUUUUGAAAAGCAGGCUGUAGAGACUUCCACUGAAUUUUGCGCUUUCAAAGCAAAUUUGGUAAUUGGUCCAGGGAUGCAUCACAUUUCUUCUUCUCAUGUAAUCUCAACUGAACUUGUGAACAUCACUGCUCUUGACACUCAACUGUAUUCUCUCCUGAAGUGGAGGUAGAAGUGGUGAACUAUUUAUGAGAAGAUAUGCAAGUGAUAGUCUGUAAAUGUCCAUAGGCGAAUGAGUUGUGUGUGCAAAACAUGUAAAUUGAGGUUUAAACCAUUAGUAUAGGAUUCUGUGAACAAUUAGACUUUGUUUUGGACCUGAAAUGUCCCUCUCCAAU